CCUGUGAUACCUAGAAUGACUACUUGACCAAUACGCUCCUCGAAGAAAGCUCUAGAGCACUUUCGAUCCAAACAAAUUCCAUUAGAAUCUUCAAAUGACACAAUUGGCGACAAUUUGCAAAAGCGCAGCCCAUAUUCAUUUACUAAUCCUGCCACGGGCAUCUAUCUCCGCCAACGUUGCAUUAUUUUACCUUAUCAGCAACUUGGCUCAUCAACCUUGAACGACUUCGCUUUGCGCUCAACCGACACAUCAUUAACACCGUCGAUUUCCGCAUUCUCGACCAACAAUCUCUUGGUUAGGCUGUAGCAAAGUCCGUUCGAGAUACAAAGCAUCUCUUCUGCCCGUGGUCCUUCAGGGCUGUAGUUGAAUGCAUGUCGCACAAAGAAGGGCACCUCAAGGAUGAGGGCUCGAGGGUCCAAGUCGUAGCUGCGGGAGCAAUAGCAGGUUUGGUUUCUAGAUUCGUUGUUGCUCCCCUCGAUGUCGUCAAGAUCCGUCUCCAACUCCAGCCUCAUUCUCUGUCCGAUCCUGUAGCAGCUUUGCGCAACGCACCUGCUUAUCGAGGGGCAUUCGAGACCCUGAAACACAUCCUCAAGCAUGAAGGUUUGACAGGCCUGUGGAAGGGCAAUGUUCCUGCAGAGCUUAUGUAUGUAUGCUAUGGUGCCGUACAAUUCACAACAUACCGCUCGGCGACCCUUUUCCUCCGAACGGCAUUUCCCACAAGGUUGCCCGAUGCUGCCGAAAGUUUUAUUGCUGGUGCUGCCUCUGGUGCAGCUGCCACCACCAUCACAUAUCCUCUCGAUUUAUUAAGAACACGAUUCGCAGCUCAGGGUCGACACCGUGUUUACCAAUCACUCCGCAGUGCCGUCUGGGAUAUAAAACGCGAUGAGGGUUGGCGAGGCUUUUUUAGAGGCAUUGGGCCUGGACUUGGCCAAAUCAUACCCUUUAUGGGCAUCUUUUUCGUCACUUAUGAGUCCCUUAGAACGUCUCUAGAGGGAUUACACAUGCCAUGGGGCAGCGGAGACGCUACUGCUGGCAUGUGUGCCAGCAUUUUAUCCAAAACAGCUGUAUUUCCUCUCGAUCUUGUGCGAAAGCGUAUUCAGGUGCAGGGACCAGCGCGACGGCAAUACGUCUACCAAAACAUUCCCGAGUACACCACGGCACGGAGCGCACUUUUAUCGAUAUUACGCACAGAAGGUUUCCGUGGUUUGUACAAGGGCCUGACUAUCAGUCUUCUCAAAUCGGCCCCUGCGAGCGCUGUCACUCUCUGGACAUAUGAACAGAGCUUGAAUUUGAUGCUUGAUUGGGAUUCGGGCAGUAAGGAGACCAUCCCCGAUGAAAUAUAG